AUGACACUUGAACUCAUUCCGAAUAGUGAUCUAGUCUUUAAAGGUCCAUUUAAUGUCGUCUCAACAACAACACUAAAAUUAUCAAAUAGUGGAAAUGAUCGAUUGGCUUAUAAAAUUAAAACAACAGCAACCAAACAUUAUUGUGUUAAACCAAAUAGUGGUUUUCUUGAUGCACAUGCAUCGACGAAUGUACAAGUUAUGUUACAACCGGAGCCAGCUGGUCAACCUGAUGAUCGUACGAAACAUAAAUUUAUGGUACAAUGGGCUGCUGUACCAAGUAAUUAUAUGGAAGAUGUGAAUAAUUUUUGGGGACAAGAUCUCAAGAAUCUUAAUGUACAAGUUUCAAAAUUAAAAUGUGUAUUUGCUGAUGAACAACCAGCAGAUGUUGUACCUAAUGAUUCACAUGGACAUGGUGAAUUGGAUCCAGUAAGUGAAUAA